CUCGGCGGGGACGCACUUUUUCAUUUCGAUCGCGUACGGGUACGAGAACGGACGGACCAUCAUCACCACGGAACACGGGAACGAAACGGAACUAACACAGAUUGUCUCCUCUGGCCUGGAUGUCCUAGCAGAGACACACACCCACACACACACACACGCGUUAAUUAAGGAAUCCCUGCUUGAAAACAAGAUUUGCGCGCGCGCUUGUAAAUGUGUGGAACCGUGUGAGCGUGUAACGUGGAUUAAAGUGUGACGAGGAGAAGAGGUGCAAGAAGAGGAAGGAAGUUGCACACACACAUACCGAAUUAGUGAGAUUACAGGAGAUUUCUGAAGUGAUAUCUACACACGCACCUCGCGUACACGCUAAAAUUAAGCGGAUAAGAAAAAAAGAGCUUGAAGUGGGAGAAAGUGCUUGAAGGUGGAGAGUGUUUUAAGAAAUGUGUUGAUUGUUUGGUGAGCCUGGAAAGAGGAAGAUCAAUAAAAUUAGUCGAUAAUUGGAGCGGAAGUGAGGUUAAGGUUGGAUAGUCUGAGUGCACGGAGAGAAAAGAGCGCAGUAAAACACACGCAAAAUGAGUGAAUUUCCGUCGGUUGUGGAGUUGAACGUCGGAGGAUCUCCGUACGCGACCAGGUUGGAAACGCUGCGGUCCGAGGAGGGAUCGUGGCUGUCGGAGGUGUUUGGCGGAUCGCCGGACGACGCGGCUCGGGACAGCCAGGGUCGGUUCUUUAUCGAUCGGGACGGCGAGCUGUUCCGGUACGUGCUGGAGUACCUGCGGGAACCGGCCAAGUUCAAGAUGCCAGUGGACUUUCCGCAGCGGGUUCGCCUCAGGAAGGAGGCCGAGUUCUUCCGGUUGGGUGGACUGGUCGAGCAGACCACCAAGGAUCCGGGCACGAUCUCGAUCGGCUACCGGGGCAGCUUCCAGUUUGGCCGCGACGGCCUGGCGGACGUCAAGUUCCGGAAGAUCACCCGACUGCUCGUUCACGGUCGGGUUGCCACCUGCCGGGAAGUGUUUGGGGACACGCUGAACGAGAGCCGCGACCCGGACCACGGCGGACCGGAUCGCUACACGGCACGGUUCUUCCUGAAGCACGUGUUCAUCGAGCAGGCCUUCGACAUGCUGCAGGAGAACGGGUUCCGCUGCGUCGGAAGCUGCGGCUCCGGCACGGCUGGCUCCGUCAACGAGAACCUCAAGCCCGGCGUCGACUCGGAGGAGAACCGCUGGAACCACUACAAUGAGUUCAUCUUUGUGCGCGACUAAGUCGCCAGUCGCCAAGUCGCGGCGAGUUUUGGAGAGACCAAGGAAAAUGUAGAUAUCAUGUGAUAUACAACUAAAUAGUGAGCAGCAAAUCGAAGCGAGCGCGAGCGCGAGAAGGCACAGGUUUAGAAAACACCCCCCACAAACACUUAAUUCUAUAUAGAAAAAAAAAAAACAAAAACUUCAUUUUACCGCCAACCACACAAAACUCGGCAAAUCAAACGUGACAGCCAUCGAUUCCGAACAUCUAUCUACUCGUGAAGGGUGGGGAGUAGGAAGGGACCUUGUUGAAAAUCAUGACGGGUCGUCGUUGAUGGCGCUUCCGAAUCCGCACACAUCAUCAUUUUCGCUUCCAUCAAACGCGCUGACCACCAACUCGGUGGGUUGGAUUUCAAGUGGCUUUUGUACCCGCGUCAACUUUAUCGGCGUCAGCGUUGGACUGUUGUCCGGUCCGGGGCCGUUCUUUUGAUGAGACCGUUGCUUGGGCUUGGUGACUAUCGCGUGCGGGAGAUUGAUUGGGCUCUGGACCGUGGAGCGCUUGUUGGACGGUGGAUAUGGAUCUGCUUAUUAAGUGAAUUGGCGAGGGUAGUCUGAUGGGGGAUUCUUCCGAGGGAAAGGUCAUCCUGAGCAGUGGGAGAAGUGACGGGAAGUUACGGUGGAACAUUUGUUCUUCUAAUUACAAAAUAGUGUUGCUGAAAGCUUAACAUCAAUCAACAUAGAUUUUUUUUUACCGAAAUGAGUGGUUGAGAAAUUGGUAAACCAUCUGUCAAAAUGAACACCAUUUUAACGAAAAUCAGUUGUACGAUGAACAACAAUGAACUUCAUAAGCGAUUUUCAUCAAGUUUCUACCGAAAUCGGUAGUUUUCAUUUUUUAGUUUACUGAAUUCGGUAAUAACAUUUUAGUGUGUAGGCUUUAAAGUCUUGGUAAUUCGAUGCUCAAAGUCCAUCAGAUUCGUUUAAGCGUGUAUCUGUCAUCCAAGUUCUUCAUGCACUUUGAUCCAAAAUUUAAAAAAAAUCGUACAAAACUCAUUGCUGAGUUGGAACGGUUUCGAUAAAAGUUGAGUGAAAAUAACUUUGAAAUGAGUUGUUUUAAGUUUAGCGCCAACUAGACUCUUUAUUGAGACAUCUGAAUGUCAAAAUUUAUCACUAUUGGCUACUUUUGCUUUUUCUACGAGACAUCUCGUAGACAAUCAAUGAGUUGGCCGAUACUGUGGGCUGGGGUUUAAGUUGCAAGGCAAAAAAUAAUAAUGAUUUUUAAAACAAGAAACAAUUUCAGUAAGGCUAUUUAGGCUCCGUUAAAAAAUAUAAUUCAACCCAAUAAUGACUAACUUCUCGUCACAGUGUCAUGAUACAAACAAUGAUUGAGCUUGAGCUGUAACAGCCCUGCGAAAUAUGUUGGCUGACAUAUCGGGCGGUCAGUCAAAAAAAAAAAAAAAAAAACAGCUGGAAUCCACCUGUCAAAAAACUUUUGCUAGAAAGAGAUAGCAAAUCUGAUACAAACAAACUGCCAGCUGCCAUGUAAACAUACUUUGAAUGUGUUGGUAAAUUUCUGUCUAGAAAAUUUUACCGAGCUGUCAAAUCUGCAACACGGAGUUAUAUUUUCUGUGAAGUUGAUGUGAAGCUUACCAUGGCAAUUUGAAAAGAUUGAAUCUAAAAUCAUUUCACAGAAGUUUUGUUCAUUGCAGAAUCUUGAAAAUAUCUAAAUUUUUAACAUAUUUGAUGAAAAGUGUAAAUGUGGCUGCAUUUUGUUCAAAAUAGCGAUGGGAAAAUGAAUUUGUCUCUUCUCAUGUACAAAAUAUCAAUAAAGAGAAACUCGCAAAAUCAAUUAUUGGAUUUUCGAGUUAAUUUUCGAUUUCACUACUACGUUUGCAGGGGGAACGUCACACGCUAAAACAAGACCUGUCGUUUUUUCAUAGUUCGCCAAUGUGUGUAAACAAAACGAAUUAAGUUAAUUUGAGUGGUAAUUGAUGUUCAUUUCUACGUUUACAAAAGAUUUUCUUUGUCGUACUUAACUUCGUCUUACUUUCAAAGGUGAGAGAUUUUAACUUAAGAAAAAUGAAGAGAAUAGUUUUCGUCUUGUCUUGCAAUUAAAAAGACAUUUGACCUUGGAUUUUUUUUCAAAUUGUAUUUUAGAAUCAUGGUCAAACCAAAACAAUGUUGACACAUUGAAAUGUAAAAGUUGAGUGCGUACAGGUUCAUUCAAAAUUAAAGAAAUUUCGAUAAUACUCAUCAAACGUGUAAUUUUAACUCAGGUUUAAUAAAAAUUUGAAAGGUUGAAUAUAAAUGGCAAAAAUCAUGGUUUUGAUAAAUUUCAAGAAAUUUGACCCUUUAGAAAUUUUGAAUUGAGAUUCGGUCUUUCAAAAACAAGUGUCCAGAAUAGAUACAGAGUGAAUUGGAAUUUGCUACUUGGAACGAAUGACAGCUGUCAAAAGUACGAAACAACGUGCUCGGAAAUCGGUAAACAGUAGGUUUAAGAUACAAACAACAGUUUGGCAACUGAUGUUGAUCCUUCAAACAAGCGAUCUUCACGCACGUCCAAAAUAACUCAGUUUUCGUCAAAACCGAACCUACUCAAAAAUGAGUCAAUGGGGAAUCUGUCAGAUUUGAAUGAAUUUUACUCUGAAUUCUACGAAAAUUGUGUGGUAGGUUUGCAUUAGUGUGAGUGCAUCUCUACGAGCCACGAAAACCAAAACAAUAACAAAAGAAUAAAGGGCCUUGCCAGAAAAACCAAAUCAUUACCAGAUUCAGCUUUUUUUUAUUGCAGUUACAGAGACAGAAAUAUCGAUUUUGACAAUCGCAUGACAACACGCUCAAAUUACUUUAGUUAGUAACAAACAAUAAAAUGUUACGAAUGUGAAAUCACAUUAGCAAAAUCCAAAUGAGUUUUUCAAGGCAGCUAUCAGUUUUGAGUAAAUAUCACUCAGAAUCAAGCAGAAUAAAUCUAAUCUUGACAUUUUCAUCAAUACUCAUUUCAUAGUAAGUUUGGUCUUGAAGAAAUCUGAAUGAAUUUAAAAUUUAAAGGGUGAAGAAAUAUCCACAUAGGAGUAACGAUAGAGAAAUCAUCGUGGAAAAGGUUGAUAUCAAUGAAUAUGUUUUGAGAAUUUUGAGUGAAAUUGCAUUCUCUCCAUUAAAUUGACAGAUUAAACGUCAGUUAUCACUACAAAUUUGGAUAUGUCGAGUAGAACAAGUUUGGGGUAAAUUACCGGAUGCUUCAAAUCUCCCAAAUUCAAUCCAGUUGAUUCCUACUGGCGAAUCAUUCUGGACCGUAAUUGAAAUAGUGAUUUCCGGUGCUUUGUCCCAAAUUUCAUCAAGCUGCAAUUGCACCUCACCCCGGCCCUCAACAUCCCUUAUCAUAACCGUAAAAAUCACGACCUCAUCUGGUCCCGGCCCCAUUCCCGGGUUGCCACUGGCUUCGAACAGAGAUAAAUAUCAAUUUUCCAACCCCCUCCCGUGCCAAACCCCACACGGUUUUAUGUGAGCUUGAAGUCGUGUCGCUUCAAGCUUCCAGGAAUAACGACCAUAAAAUACAGUCCCCAUUUUUUUUUCUCAGAAAUUGAGGAAGCUACCGCUCAUAUCUGGGCCAAUCCCUGCAAUUGAACUUGGGCUGAUGAAAAAAUGUAACGAAGGCGACGACGGGAGCUGUAAAAAGAUAUUUCGGGAAAUUCAUUUUUUUCCUUUCGGGGAAGUCCCGUGGGAAAGUCCAGCACCAUUAGUCGCUGCUACACAACUCGAAGGCAGAGAAGAAUGGGAUGGUCGUUCACGAGUGAGUUCACGCUGAUCAAAAGAAGGGGAGAUUUUACACAAAAAUUGAAUUUCUGACAGCAGUGCUGCCAACUGGUAAGCGGAAGCUUUAGCGUACAGCUUCCGUUUGUCACUCCUUUGAGUGGAAAACCGAGGAAUUCUGGAUUCAGCAUUUCUCAGAUUCGGCAUAGAGUGGAAUUUGAGAUUGGUCACUUGGUCAUUUUCAAUCUUAAAUUUAUCAAGAAAUAGCAUUACUGGCAUCACUGUCAACGGUUGGUCAACGCAUUUGUCAACGGUUGUAGACGAAAUGUCAAACUGACAUCUGUCAGAAAGUACGCUUGUGGAACAAGUACACAAAACACCUGCUCAUUCUUCCAACAACGUUUAGUUUCCGUCGAAAUCUAAAAUCGAAGAAAUGGGAUUUAUGCUAAGAAGUCAGAUUAGGGUGAAUUUCACUCAGUUUGCGAUAAAUUUCGCGUGAAUUUCAACCAAAUCUUGCGAACAGCAAACUCAAUCUCGAGUUGGUUAGAUUUUUGAGAAACUGAGUAAUUUUCAACGUGCGUGCACUUUAAAGAUAAUUCAUUUCCGUUUUUGCUGCAUGGGUUCCAAGAGAUGUCAAAGUGACAUCUGUCAGAUGCAUGCACGUUUCCGCAAAAUUACUCAAAUUCGAGUAUUAUUCACCCAAAACCAAUGUAUUGUCGCCGCGGCACUAAACCGAAUUGAGCAAGUUUAACUCUCGCGAUGAUUUUCUGUCGCGAAAUAUCUGUCAAGCAUGUUUAAGUGAUUUUGAAUCAGUGUGUUUGCUUUUUUUGUUUUGACGGCUUUGGAUGAUGAGAAAAACGUGGCUGGUCUUUUCUGGUCUGCCAAGGAAAUGGAAUGCUUUAGAUUAAAUUAUUGUUUCAAAUCUUGGUUUUCAGUACUACUACCACUAGAACUGUUUCAUUUGGGGUAAUUUAUGAAGUUCAGUCAGUUUCCAGCUCCAGGAAAAGACGCAAAAGGGAAAAAGUCUUGGUUAAGUUGCUGAUUACGGAUCGAUUACCGUCUGAAUAAAACAAAAAUAAGUGGCCUCAUUGUCGAGGGACCUCAAUCCGGUCCGUUGUGUCCUCUCACCGGGAGAGUUUUGCCGAUGCGGGAUGUUGCGGGUGUCGAUUGAAUAAGCUCUAUAGCGUCAAAAUGGGAAGACCCAGCCACCAAUUUGAAAAUCAAAAGCGCCGUAAUUGUACUCUCCAAGCUAGACAUCAUGAAAUGGUCUAUCCGGAUGAUCGAAUCCACGCUCACAGAACGAUUUCCGGUAGAUUUUCGUGAUCGAUUCCAUGCUCCGUGUAAGACGCGGCGCGAGUCUUGUCGCAGCUCAACUGGCGACAUUUCAGUUUGGUGCCGCGGCGAAAUUUUGUUUUGGUUUCGCGUGUGACAUUUGAGGUACACUCAGAAAAGAAACAACAGAAAAUUGCUUCGCGAGAUGAAAAAUACUCGCGCUGUUAUUUCGAUUUAUUUCAAAAACCACAAUAAUGAAGCCGACUUUCUUCGUUGUGAAUCCAUCGGCGCUGCCAAAUUGUGGGAUUAUUCUAUAAUCUGGAAAUCCACUCUAUGCCGGUUACAUUCCGUGGAACGACACUGUGUGUGAAGUCCCGGCCCUGAUGAAUAAUGGAUCCGGGGAAAACUUGACCCAGCAAUGAAAGGCAGCAGCAGAGUUGCCUUCGGGAUGUUGAUACCCAUCCCUUCAGCAGUGUUGGCCUGAAAUUGCCAAAGAAGCACAGCCUGCUGUGGAUGCUGGGGAAGAAAAAUCGAUUUUCACGGGAUUCUUCGCCGGAAGACCUUGGAGAAGGACGAACGGAAGAAUAAGGAAUAAAAAAAAGGGGCCGGGACGUGGGUUCAUUUUAUUGCGAAGGGAUGUCCACUCUCAUGGCAUUUCAUUGGUUAUGAUUGAGGUUAGGGGGCCCCCCUCUCGGAGGGGGGGGGGGGUGACUUUCCGGCUUCCCGAAGGACCAUUCAUUCCCGCACAUUGUGCGGCGCAGUCCAGGGAUAAUUUCGCUUAAUAGAAGUGUCCGAUAUAAUCAUGGCUCAGCAGCGGGGUUCCACGGGAAAACUUUGAUCUGUCAAACUGGUGCGACGUCGUUUUUUUCUGGCUGGCAACAUUGAAUUUAAAAACUCAUUAAACUUUCAUUUCAAAUGCAAAAUGAGAUCCCUUGGGGCGCACUCGGUAAAAAAAGUUGCAUCCAAUUAAAAAGUCCUCGCGCGCAAGAAAGAAAAUUGAAAAUUUUCGAAACUUUUUUUCGGCGUGGGACCGGCGACGAAUGCUGCUCCGAAAGGUGCGAAAAAUUCGAUAAAAGUUAAUUAGCGUGCAAGAUAAGGGAGAGAACGACAAAAAAGCUCGCAGCGAAAAUGUGCAAGUUUGAAGCCUUCUGGGAACUGGGUGACGUUGGUUGAAUCGAUGUCGAGGUGAAAUUCGCUGGGACGUGGGUUGAUCGGGUUGAAUUGGGGAAAAUUUUGGUGCCAUCGAGGUAGGGAUCAAACGAGAAAUAAUAAUGGCAAUUCUAAAUAAUUUUCGGGUGAUUUUGCCUUUCUCAAUUUUUUUUGGGAAAGUUUAAUUGUCUCGUUAAGGACGAAAAUCUGUUUGAAUUAUGAUAAAAAGAUUAAAUCACAUUGAACUUUUUUUUGACUGAAUAUUGUAGGUUUACAAUGUUGACAAACUGAGUUAUGUGGUAACAAAUGAAAUUCAAGAAAAAAUCUUUUGCCGAUUGGUGUUCUCUUGAAAGUUUUGCCAAUUUCGUGGGUGAACGAGACCAAAAGGGAAAAAUGAACCAUCUUUCACAAAGAGAUUUUAAUGAGUUAUCAAUAAACAUACUUAAAAAAAACAAAAAUAUUUAAUAUUUUCUGGACUUUUUUCUGUGUUUACACUCAAUUGAAAAUAUGUCAACAUAUGUGACAGCUGUCAACUAAAACCAGUAAAAACGAGUAGCUUGCUGUUUUGACAGUGCAGUGCCAUAUCAAGACAGUUUUGGAAAAUAAAACAUGUUUGAGCAAUUAAUGGAGCGCUCCUUUUUUGAGUUUGACAGUUUGCCAAACUCAUAAACAAAAUUUGUCUAGGCUGACAUUUUUGCGAAAAAAUUCAGGAAAACAAACAUAGAAGGCAAAGAGUAAAACUGUCAAAACGUGCAAGUUUGUUUGUCUAAUACCUCCUUAAGCUACUCGAGCUUAGAUUUCUAGGGAAACAUUGAAAGAGGGCCAAAGUCAAAGUGUAAACAAAACUGCCAAUCGGGCUCAUUUAAGAUGAUGUUUACAUUUGGAACGUGAAGGAAUUCCUUCAAUUGUAGAAGCCAUCUAUCUAAAAUAUAGGGAAAAGAUGGUGAUUGCAAAUGUCAAGUUAGAAUUCAGCAGUUUUUUACCCAAUUUUGGAUGAUAAAUUUGGUAAAAAACUGCUGAAUUGUAACCUGACAUUUGCAAUCAUUACUGUCCAUUUCUCUCGAAGGUACACGUCGCGCGGCAUUUCAGAAAGUGCCGCAGACACUGUUGCCAGCGAUUUACUGCACUUUUGGUGCAAUAAAAACAUUCCCUGCAACAAUGCCAUGCAAUUCGAAGAAGAAGAUAAAAAAAACAAAACGCACAGUGCGCAUUUGCCGAAAGUGCGGCGCGUUGUUUCGAGGCUGGUAUGCCGCGUGUCUUUUUCGGGAAUACGCGCAAUAACUUUAACAGAAAGCGAAAGGCAUGCUCUUCUGCAGAAUUCGACUAGUAACUAUAGAAGACCAAUGUCAAAAUAAUACGCUCAAUUGAAACAACACAUUUAUGAAUGAUUUUUACUCAGAUUUCCUUAAAACAACUCGGUAAUACGUUUAGAAUAUUUCAUAUUCACUAAUUGGCUGAAAUUUGGUGUAAAUACAUUUCUAAUAUGACAUUAGAGUAAAAUUCUUCCUAAGGAGCAUGAAAUUCAACUAAAAUUGAGAAAAAAAAAGUUUGGCCACCACAGAGCAAAGUUUCAGAAUGUUGCUUGUAAAUACGGUGAGUUUUGUUACUCAGAUUUCGUCACAAUUAUACGGCGAUUUAUGUUUGGGUGAAUUCAAUCGAUUUUUGGUGAAUUUCACUCGUUUUAGGUAAAUUUAGGUCAUUAGAAUAAAAUUCAAUUGGACUUGAGAAAACAAAAUUCAAAACACGGCUGAAAGGUUCUGAAAAUGAGUAAAAAGGACGCAUUUCAAAGUCAUUUCUGAAUGUGACAGAUUUCAAUGACGGAUGAUCUAGUCCUGUUUGUAAACAAGACUGGUGAUUGUUACGUCGUUUAGAAUUGACCCAUCUGGAAUGAUCAACAAUCACACGCUACACACGCUUGUUCAGAUUUACCACGAAUAACCCUUGAAUUAACCCAUUUUUGAAAACAAAAUCAUUAAUGUUUUGCGCAUUGUCACAUUUUGGUAAAUUUCGCGCAGUUUUCAAUAAAAAUUAAGCGAAAUUCAGCCAGAUUUGAGUACAACUCAUCUAAAAUUUGACAUGUGGCCUGAACACUCAGUAAGUUUCGACGAAGUUUGAGCAAUUUUGAAAAAGAGUGCGGAUUAUAAGUAGAUUGGUAAACAUCACACGCUCAAAGAAAUCCAGACGACAUUUGAACUUAAAGUGGUUUUGCUGCAUGGGUUGUAGAAUCAACGUGUUCAACUCAAACUGACAGCUCGAACGCAGUGCUGCCGGAUUUGAUUCGACUUCCGAGAUUAGAAGCCGGUCAGCGUUCGGAAGCGUAAUCAACGACGAGACUUGAUUGGAUUAUCCGGCUUCAAACAAAAGGGCGGCUCCAGAAAUAAACAAACCUUCCCCCCCUCUCUCAUCUAAAGAUCAACUCAAUUGAUUCGAACGCCCGAACUAGGUUUGUCGGAUUUUCUUUCGUCGUCGAUUGAAGGCGUCAAGAUAGUGUGUGCCGGCUGAGCGGUUGGCGGCCAAUGGCGGCCGAAUUGCUUUUGUAGCCCCUUGAAGUUGCGUGCCGUGAUUGGACCGAUCGCUCGUGGAGGAGGAGACGCGAGCGGAGGGUUUUGUGAGGAUAGGUUAGGUUUGUUUUUUCCCGUGCCUCGGGAAAGGAUGGCUCCUCGAAUCAGUUGAUUAGAUCGGUGGUGGCGGCGUUCUCGGGUGGGUAAGGAAAAAAAGUUUAGCGUGUAUUCGCCGCCUAUUCUGCUAAUUGAAUAGCCGGGUGACGAUGGGCGGAAUCGAUGGGUUUUCGGACGUUUGUUUGUGUUUCAUUUCGGGAUUAUCUACGGAAUCGUUUUUGGGGUUUUAGUUCAAUGAUUUCUUCAUUACCAAGAGUCCCACCGAGCUUGGUUUGAAACGGUUGUUGCUGGGUGUGAAAAGCGAACAAAGGAAAAUGUUUUUAUUUAAUUAGUUACCUUUUAAAUGGCCUUGGCAGCCCUGUAUCAAAAGAUUAACCUAAAAGAAAGAACAUGUUUUGAACAACGUAUCGCGAUAUAAAAAACGGGUAUUCAUUGAAACUUCCACAAUAUUUAGAAUCUAUUUAUAACAUUUAUAUUGUUGUCUGUAAUUGAAAUUCCCUUCUCUCUACUUACUUAUUUAGAAUAUAUUCAUCCUCGGACAAGUUUGCGCGCGGAAAGGGUUGCCAGCGUGGUGCGCGUCAUAACCUCAAAAUUAGUACGCCAUAAAUCAGCAGCUGUUGCCACAAACGACCGUAAAGUAGUCAAAUUGCACUCAACCCUGCCCAGAAAGCCGAAAAACUCUUGAUUGGAGAGCGAUUUAUCGCCCGCAAAACGGAGCACGCACCACGUUGGGACCCUCCCAAAGGAAAUGCAAAACAAACUCACACAAAAAAUGAUGCUACAAAACCCAAAAAAGUUAAAACCGUGCUCCCCUCUAAUGAACCAUAAAUAUCCAUUUGAGCGCACAGAAAACGCAAACUUUCACUUUACCCUUAACAUUCGCAAAAAAACAGGCAAAUCGUCCCUCUUCCCUUAAUCCCCCCCGCUAAUUUCACGCAAAAGUGCCAAAAUCUCCCUUUUCCGUUCGCGCUUUAUAGCGGCGGCCAUCUUGCUUUCGCCGCCCCAGCUGUCACCCGAUUAUGGCACGCGCGCCCCCUCAGUAAUCAAAGCUCUCGUUAGGCGCCUACUUGGAUCUGGGUUGUAAACUGUCUUGGAAAAUCCAUUCCCACGAUUCCAUCCCUCGUACGAGGAGGUGCCACAGCUGCACCGGUUUCGCACGCGGAAUGUCACGUUUCUUAAUCUCUCAUCCGACGACCCUUGCUCCAACCCCUCGGUUGAGAGCAGCCCACACACAAACAUGGAAAGAGGCAGGGAUUAAAUUGUGUGUCGCUGCUGCUGCUUCCGGCCAAAGCCGGGCUUGUAAGUAACCCGUGGGAGCUUCGGGGGGGGGGGAGUGAGGUUAGGUUUUAAUAUCUUUGCAAGUUUCGUCCCGAAGGCCACGUGGCGCACAGACACACACACGUGGUACCUGUGUCGAGCAGCUUCCCCUUUUACGCUCCAGGUGGUGUUUUUCCCAUUUGCUGGGAAAGUUUCGCCGUUUGCACCGACAUUUUGGGGUGGGAAGGAUGGAGAAGGAAAGUUCUGGGGUUUCUUUGGGAGCUGGGAAGUAGUUAUUUAAAGUAUUAGGGAGAUUCGAGCGCAAUGGGAGGAAAGUUUUUUCGGGAUUGGCUCGGAAUGGUUAAGUUCUACCUUCUCUUUUUACUUAUGGAUGGGGAAAAAGUUGGACGGAACGAGUCGGAGAUGUAGAUUAGGAAACAGCUACGUGAACUAUUCAGAUGUAAUCAACGGAGAGCGAACGUGAGAUUGCCAUAAUGGUGGCUGCUAUAAAAAGAACGUGGCUAAACUUCAAACUUUUUUUUUGUAAUUUUAUCAGGUAUGCUCAAAGUUGGGUAAAACUUUGUCAGUGUGUAUCAAUCUGACAGCUCCAAAUAAAACAGUUUUUGUCUUUGGGCGUCACGACAGUCGCAGCUAGAAUAGACAAACUUGUCUCAAACUCAUACAACAAAAGUCGAAAAUACUUCGUGCAAUGCUGGCGUGCAAUUUGGCCACAGCCUGCAAUUGCGACAGAAUUUCUGUGGGGUUUUUAGUCAGAGACAAUUUUGUCAUUCUGGCAUGCACGUCUACUGACGCCUACUGCAAAUAAUGGCCGGUUCCUUUUCCGGAUCUCUCCCACAAAAGAUCUGGCAGCAAUUUUUUAUGGUUUGACGUUUGUUAAGGGUGCCGAAAAAAGGUAAACAAAUCACUCCGUGCAUCAGACGAUUGUUAUUGUUUAUAUUGCGUGCUGUACUUUUUGUUUAUUCAAGGACCUUUAUAACGCGUUUGUAUUGAAACGUCAAAGAGGAAAAUCAAAACAAUAACAAAAGAACAAAGUAGUGUGUCACGCAAAGCAAAACAUAAACAAAGUUUCCAUUGGAGAGACACAGUAAAAAUCACUCAGUUUUCGUCAAAACCGAACCCACUCUGAAAUGAGUAAAUGAGGCAUCUAUCAGAUUAGAGCGAAUUUCACUUGUAAAUCAACAAAAAUUGAUCAGAUUGCACCCAAAAUCUUACAAUUAGCAUAGUUACGCAUUUUCGAGAAGGUUCGGUUUUGAUAAAAAAAAAAUAGUGAUUUGAAAUGACAGUCCAAAGUUCACGAUAGUAGCAAGCAGCUUAAAUGAGUAUAAACUGUCAAACAAUUGCGCUACACGCUCACACAAAUGUCAUCAUUUUUGACGUGAAUUUCGCUUGUGCUGCAUGGGUUUCAUCAUUUUUAAGGUGAAAGCGAUUCCCAACACAACUUCAACCGCUGAAAAAUGUGGCAAAGCAAAGCAUAAAAAGUACUCUUUUCGAAAUCAACCUGCCUCUGUGUUUACUCCCGAUUGCUCGAGGUGAACCAGAUGCCAGUUUGGGUGCGCUGCGUUGAAAUGUUGACGCCGGUGUUGUAGUUCACAGUGCACGGCGGAGUUAUUAUUUAUAUGGGCGCGCACAGCAAGGGAAAAAAAGUAAACAAACUUUGAUCGGCCCGUCGAACGCGGGGUUGGGAAUGGUUCCGCAGAUGUUCGGACUGUGGAAUUGGAGCAUUUUUCGCAUUGCCAGGGGAUUUAUUGGUUCGAACUGUGAAGUUGGGUAGUGUAUUUUUUUUAUGGGACAUAGACAAAAAUAAACAAAGUUUGAAUGUGUAAGCGUUUUGACAGCUGAAGAAACUUUUGACAGAUGAAGUGACUUUGAAGGUUUUUUACACAAAACCGAUGCCUGAUAUUUAUUGCUCAAAUGUCACAAUGCAUUAGAGACAAACUUUUUACUCAACAUUCUCCUUGUCAAAAUUGGGUAGAUUCCACCCAAUUAAGAGUUGAUAAAUCCUAAUUCAAAUUUACUUAAAUCUGACUUUUUAAUUAUUUAUUAUAGCACUUUUGAGUGUAAAUGUACGUAAUAUCAAGUGUCAAAAGUACACGCUCGUUUUAUGUAAAUUAAUAUUUGAAUUCAGUUAACCCAAACUUGAUACUAAACUAGACUCACUAACUAUGUAAACAAACUUGAAUCUGGAAUGAGAAAGUGUGACAACUGUCAGAAAAUGGUUGAUUUCACUCAAACUGGGUUGAUUUUAAUCAAUUCUGAGUGAAAUCCAAGUAUUUUAAAAUGCGCGUGUACGUGAAACGAAUGUCAAAGGUACACGCUCGCUUGAAGUUAAUGAAAAAUUGUUAAAAAGUACCCAAUUUAACCAAAUGAAACUGAGGUUAUUUUCUAUUUAAUUUCCAGAGUCCUUUGAUCUGUGGCACAUGUUGCGCUCCCCGACCCAUACGUUAUUUUCACAGCGAUAAAUCAAACGAUUGGGGAUUGGUUUGAACGCUGGAAAAUUUUCGCUCCAUAAAUAUAAUUAUCCACAGGGGGGAAACGGGGGCACACACAAGGUUGACCUAGGUGGAAAGUCAGGGGCGUUUCCAGGGAGGAAUGACGAUUUUUUUUAACAUUUUGAUUUUAUUUAAAUAUUAAAUUCAAAUUUAGGUACUUAAAUUUAAAGGCAUUAAAAUUUUACCCAAAUCCAAGAGGAAACUUUGCAAAACGAGAGAAAAUCGGGCACUAUCCUUCUUUAGUACUUUUCCCCUCGCUUUUCCUGCUUUCUGUUGAACUUUCAGUUUUUGAUUUAUUUGUUUUCCAACCUCCCGUUUUCCCAAAACCCCUCGCGGCACUGAAAAAGUGGAUUUUCCGCAGCGAAUUUUCCCGCCAAUAAUUGCGCAUAAAAAGAGUUGCUUCUUGCUUUUCUUAGUUUCUUAUUCUUGCUCUCAUUUGGUUCAGUGGAAAAAUGGUGCGCAAAUCAGAGAGAAGGCAAGGAAAAAAAAACUUAAAACUGUGCUCGCAAGUUGAGGAGGAAAACACAAAUAGUCGACGACCGGAAGCGGAAAUUCGUAAUUGAAUUGAUAAACAGCGAGCUAGAGACAGACGGAAAAGUGAGAUGAACCGCAAAGCAAAGACAAAUAUUUAAAAAGAAAAACUGCAAUAAUACAGAAAGUGCACACAAAUAAAACUUUGCAAAAACGAACAAAAAGCACACAAACACAAACACACAAACAGGUGAAGGUGACAAGAGAACCAAAAUAAUAAUAAAACAAGAAAAUACUAAAUAAGCGCAAAGCGAAUCGAGAAGCAUCAAGGUAAAAAGUAUUAAGGAAUAUAUUAAAGAAAAAGAAGAAAAAAACAAAAACCCAUUUUAAAGCUACACACAGUAUUAUAAACUUUUCCCAAGAAGUAUAUUGAUUAAUAAAGGCAGAAACUCAAACACUCAACACAAUCCCCCUCCCCCACAAUCCCCAAAACGUGGAAGACGAAACCUACCAAAAAUCUAACAAGAUUAUUAUCUAGGGGCUUACAAUUCAUCACAAAGAAAGUACUAUAAUAGUGAGAGGAGGAGAUGGCGACAGUCAGACUCUUUAGAAUUUAACAAAUAAACAAAAAAACUCCCUUUAAAGUAAAAUCAAGUAAUGGAAGAAAAAUCACACAAACACACAGAAAACCAAAAAAAAAAAACAAUGGUAAAAUAUAUUAGCAGAUAUAUGAAUCAAGAAUAAAUAUUGUCUGAAGAUUUUAGAGAUAGUGAGUAAUAAAUAAAUUUAAAUUGAAUUUAAGAUACCAAGUGAAAAAAAAACCAAAAUCAUAAAUAUAAAAGAAAAGAAAUCACAAAAAAAGUAUUCUGAUAAUUGAAACUCUUAGGUUAAAUCAAGAAACAAGAAGCGAAGGAAAGCUGGAAGAGAAUUUGACAAGACAAAACUCCAAACAAGAAACACACACACACACCUACACGAAUAAAGUAACUCACACGAAAACGAAACAUUUAACCCAAACAAACACAAAAACAAACAACAUUGGAGCAGCACGGAAAGAGUGUGGAAGAUGGAAACGAAAAAAAAAUGAAAAACAAGAUUUAGUGAUGAAACCAUAAACUUUAAAAAGCGCUAGUUUCACGUAGUGAGACAAAAGAAUUCGAAAAAAUAAAGCAGAAACAAUUUAGCGGAAGAAUUAGUGGGGGAAAAAAUACUCAUACAGACACAUAGACACACACAACCAACAAGAACAACAACCACAUGUCGGAAAACAAGUGAAUAAAGCUACUAUAAAUGAACCAAAGUUGA